CCUAGCCAUGCUCCAGACCCCGACUUCGUUCCGCGCACACCCGCUCGCCAUGCGCUUCCCGUCGGUUCGCUUCCUGCCGUCAAGUGCGGCGCCGGCGGUGGUGGCCGCGAACGCGCGCAUCGCCUGGAUGGCGCGCGCGGGGAACAUGGAGGGCGCCCGCGCGACGUUCGAGGCCAUGCCCCUCCGCACCACCGCUUCCUACAACGCCCUCAUCGCCGGCUACUUCCGUAACCACCUCCCGGAGGCCGCCCUCGGCCUCUUCCGCCGCAUGCCCUCCCGCGAUCUCGGCUCCUACAAUGCUCUCAUCUCCGGCUUCUCCCUCCGCCGUCACACCCUCCCUGAUGCGGCGGCCGCGCUCGCCUCCAUCCCCUUACCCCCCUCAGUCGUCUCCUUCACCUCCCUCCUGCGCGGGUACGUGCGCCACGGCUUCCUGGCCGACGCCAUCCGCCUGUUCCACCAGAUGCCCGAGCGCAACCACGUCUCCUACACGGUUAUGCUGGGUGGUUUUAUUGAUGCCGGCCGUCUCGACGAGGCCCGCAAGCUGUUCGACGAAAUGCCUGACAAGGACGUCGUUGCACGAACUGCCAUGCUAUCUGGGUACUGCCAGGCUGGCCGAAUUGCCGAGGCACGCCUGCUGUUUGAUGAUAUGCCGAAGAGGAAUGUUGUGUCAUGGACUGCAAUGAUAUCUGGAUACUCUCAAAACGGGAAGCUUAACCUUGCACGGAAGCUUUUUGAGGUGAUGCCUGAUCGCAGUGAGGUGUCAUGGACUGCUAUGUUAGUCGGGUACAUACAGGCUGGACAUAUCGAGGAUGCCGAGCAGCUGUUUAAUGCAAUGCCAGAGCACCCAGUGGCUGCCUGCAAUGCGAUGAUGGUUGGGUUUGGGCAGCGCGGGAUGGUGGAUGCUGCCAAGGCAGUGUUUGAGAGAAUGCAAGAGAAGGAUGAUGGUACGUGGAGUGCAAUGAUUAAAGCGUAUGAGCAGAAUGAGUUCUUGAUUGAGGCAUUGUCUACUUUCCGUGAUAUGUCAUGGAGAGGUAUCCGUCCAAACUACCCAUCAGUCAUUAGCAUCCUUACUGUGUGUUCGGCACUAGCUAUUCUCAAUUAUGGAAGGGAGGUGCAUGCUGCAAUGCUGAGAUGCUCCUUUGACAUGGACAUUUUUACUGUUUCGGCAUUAAUCACAAUGUACAUCAAAUGUGGAAAUUUGGAUAAAGCUAAUAGGGUCUUCAAUAUGUUUGAGCCCAAAGAUGUCGUGAUGUGGAACUCAAUGAUCACUGGUUAUGCUCAACAUGGGUUGGGGGAGGAAGCACUUGGCAUAUUUAAUGACAUGACGAUUGCAGGAAUGGCACCUGAUGGGAUUACUUAUAUUGGAGUCCUCACUGCUUGUAGCUAUACCGGGAAAGUAAAAGUAGGGAGGGAAAUUUUCAAUUCUAUGUGUAAGAAUUCUGCCAUCCGACCAGGAGCGGAGCAUUACUCUUGUAUGGUUGAUUUGCUUGGUCGAGCUGGACAUGUAGAUGAAGCAUUGGAUUUGAUUAAGAACAUGCCAGUUGAAGCCGAUGCUAUCAUCUGGGGAGCACUGAUGGGUGCCUGUAGGAUGCACAAGAAUGCUGAGAUUGCCGAGCUUGCUGCUAAGAAGCUAUUAGAGCUAGAGCCCGAGAGUGCUGGACCAUAUGUUUUGCUCUCUCACAUUUAUACAUCCACUGGGAGGUGGGAAGAUGCUUCUAAGAUGCGGAAAUUCAUUAGCUCAAGGAAUUUAAACAAGUCUACAGGCUGUAGUUGGAUAGAGUACGACAAGAGGGUGCACCUCUUCACAUCUGGUGAUAUAUUAGCACACCCAGAGCAUGCUAUUAUCCUUAAGAUGUUGGAGAAACUAGAUGGUCUACUGAUGGAAUCUGGUUACUCAGCUGACGGAAGCUUUGUGCUCCAUGAUAUAGACGAAGAGCAAAAACUUCAUAGCUUGCGAUAUCAUAGUGAGAGGCAGGCUGUGGCGUAUGGACUUUUGAAAGUUCCAGAAGGAAUGCCCAUUCGUGUCAUGAAGAACCUUAGAGUGUGUGGUGACUGCCAUGCUGCCAUGAAGUUGAUUGCAAAAAUUACUUCCCGGGAAAUCAUACUCAGAGAUGCUAAUAGGUUCCAUCAUUUCAAAGACGGAUUUUGCUCAUGCAGGGACUAUUGGUGAGGUGAAUGGCAAGGGAACAUAUUCAGAAUCCAUGUGCCAGAGCCAUGAGUUGGUCGCGAGAUCUUAUGGGUUUCACCUCUAGCCUACCCCAACUUGUUUGGGACUAAAGGCUUUGUUGUUGUUGUUGUUGAACAUAUUCAGAAUCCGGGUUUCAUCUGAACAUGAUUUCAUCAUCUACUGUGAGCGAACUGCACAUGGGGAGCUUGUUCCCUUCAGGGAGUCACUGUUUUUCAAGAGCAGCAUGUUAUUUGAAUGGGUACAAACCCCAAAAGACAGCUUAAGACUGGUGAAGCAGUGGAGUUCGUCUAUUGUGAUAGGUUUGAUAGGAAAAAUUAGGACAUUCAUGACACGGCGGAAGACUGAAUAUGCUGUGGUGGCAGUCUGAUCACAAAAUCACUCGUGGAGAUUUUGAGUGUGGAACAGAGCCUUCAGAUUUUUUACUGUUGGCAUAAUCCUGUUGGCGACUAAUCGGCUACUGUGGCUUCUCAGCACUCAGCAGUU